UUGUUUGUAACGGUUGUGCGCGCUUGUCGUCGGAUAAAUAAAUAAAAACUGUGUGUGCCGUUUAGUGAUAAUCCCUUGGCAAAUUGUAUUUUGAUUAGUUUGACAGCCUUAGUACAUUUGAUUUGUUUACAUUUAAUUAAAUUAAUUUGGCGCCUGCAAAUCCCCAACUGUGUUUGUGUUUGUGUGGCUGACCGCAAUUUGGUGUCGAGCCAGCGUAACCGUAAAGGUGUGAAAGAGUCCGACAAACGGUUCCAGGACGGAGGUGAAACGCCAUGGUCGUCAAAGAGAUUCCACUCCAUGAGAAUCUCAACAUGGAGAACCGUCCCAGCAACGCUGCAACGCCGACGACAACUACCACGUUCUCGCGAGUGGGGCGACGCUAUAGUCUGUCCCUGACCACUGCCAUCCUACUGGCCUCCUUCUUCGCCUGCACCCUGCUGGCGGUGGGCUUCAUCGUGUACAACUUUGCCACGUGUGCUGAACUGGAACCGUCACCUGACGAGGAUAUCGUCUGCACCAGUGUUCACCUAAGAAAGCUAAAAGCUGGCCAGGAUGGACCACCCAAAUAUGAUCGAGAUGUCCGUUUGCCGCGCUCUAUACGUCCGCUUAAGUAUAAUAUAACGCUAGAGCCGCAGCUCAGCGGCAACUUCUCCUUCGAAGGCACCGUUCAGAUCCGAAUACGGGUGCUGGAGGAUUGCUAUAACAUCACCAUGCAUGCUGAGGAGCUAAACAUCUCGCGCAGCGACGCCACUGUCCGCCGGGUGCUGCCUGGUGGUGAACUGGAUGGAGAUAGUCUGCGGAUUCACAAACAGUAUCUGGUGGGAGCCAAACAGUUUUUUGUAAUUGAGCUAUACGACAAGCUGCUGAAGGGCGUUGAGUACGUGGUGCAUUUGAGAUUUGACGGGAUUAUUGAGGACUAUCUGCAGGGAUUUUAUCGAAGCUCCUACGAGGUGCACAAUGAGACCAGAUGGGUAGCUUCUACUCAAUUCCAAGCCACAGAUGCGCGACGUGCUUUUCCCUGCUUCGAUGAGCCCGCUUUGAAGGCCAACUUCACCCUGCACAUUGCUCGUCCUCGCAACAUGACCACUAUCUCCAACAUGCCUAUUGUGUCCAGCAACGACCACGCCACCAUGCCCAGCUAUGUGUGGGAUCACUUUGCUGAAUCGCUCCCUAUGUCCACCUACUUGGUGGCCUAUGCCAUAUCCGACUUCACGCACAUCUCGUCCGGCAACUUUUCCGUGUGGGCUCGAGCAGAUGCCAUCAAAUCAGCCGAGUAUGCACUGUCUGUCGGUCCCAGGAUUCUGACCUUCCUGCAAGACUUCUUCAAUGUGACGUUUCCCUUGCCGAAAAUCGAUAUGAUUGCUUUGCCAGAGUUUCAAGCGGGUGCCAUGGAGAACUGGGGUCUCAUUACGUUCAGGGAGACCGCAAUGCUCUACGACCCUGGUGUGGCCACUGCCAACAACAAACAACGUGUUGCAUCUGUUGUGGGUCACGAGUUGGCCCAUCAGUGGUUUGGCAACCUGGUGACGCCCAGUUGGUGGUCGGAUAUCUGGCUGAACGAGGGUUUCGCCAGCUACAUGGAGUACCUGACAGCCGAUGCAGUUGCGCCGGAGUGGAAACAGUUGGACCAGUUCGUCGUCAAUGAGCUGCAAACAGUGUUCCAGCUGGACGCUCUCUCCACGUCUCACAAGAUCUCCCACGAAGUGUUCAAUCCUCAGGAGAUUACCGAGAUCUUUGAUAGAAUUUCCUAUGCCAAGGGAUCUACCAUUAUACGCAUGAUGGCCCACUUCCUCACAAAUGCAGUGUUUCGCCGGGGUCUCAGCAAAUACUUGCAGGAGAUGGCUUAUAAUUCCGCAACGCAGGACGAUUUGUGGCGUUUCCUAACAAACGAGGCGAAGUCUUCUGGGUUGUUGGACCACAGCAGAAGUGUCAAGGAGAUCAUGGACACGUGGACACUGCAAACGGGCUAUCCGGUGGUCAAGGUAUCGAGGCAUCCAAAUUCGAAUGUGAUUCGCCUGGAGCAGGUUCGCUUUGUCUACACCAACACCACCAGAGAGGAUGAAAGUCUACUCUGGUGGAUACCCAUCACUUUUACCACUGCUUCGGAGUUGAACUUUGCCAACACACGACCCACUACAUGGAUGCCCCGCACUAAGCUGUACGAGCUGGAGAACAGGGAACUCACCACGGCCAAGUGGUUUAUCUUCAAUGUCCAACAGACGGGCUACUAUCGGGUGAACUAUGAUCUGGAUAACUGGCGGGCAAUCACCGGGCAUCUGAUGGAUGUCCAGCACUUUGAGGAUAUUGCUCCGGCUAAUCGUGCCCAAUUGAUCGAUGAUGUGAUGAAUCUGGCCAGGGGAUCGUAUCUCUCCUACGAAACUGCCAUGAACCUGACCCGCUACCUGGGCCAUGAAUUAGGUCAUGUGCCAUGGAAGGCGGCCAGCAGCAACUUUAUUUUCAUCGAUUCUAUGUUCGUCAACUCCGGCGACUAUGAUCUCCUAAAGAACUAUCUGCUAAAGAAGCUGCAGAAGGUAUACGAACAGGUCGGAUUCGAGGACUCGCAGGGUGAGUCCGGGGAUAUCCUAUUAAAGUUAAAGCGUGCCGAUAUCCUAGGCAUGGUCUGCCAUUUGGGUCACCAGGAGUGCAUCUCCGAGGCCAGUCGCCACUUUCAGAACUGGGUUCAGACCCCAAAUCCUGAUUCGAACAAUCCUAUUGUACCCAAUCUUCGUGGGGUCGUAUACUGCUCGGCGAUACAAUACGGCACUGAGUACGAGUGGGACUUUGCCUUCGAGCGUUACCUCAAGACGAAUGUGCCUGGCGAGAAGGACCUGCUGCUGAGCGCCCUCGGCUGCUCCAAGGAGCCAUGGUUGCUCUAUCGCUACUUGCGUCGCAGCAUUGCCGGCCAACAUAUACGCAAACAGGAUUUGUUCCGGGUAUUCGCAGCCGUUUCCAGCACAGUAAUCGGUCAACAGAUAUCCUUUGAUUUCCUACGGAACAAUUGGCAAGAGAUCAAGACCUAUAUGGGCUCGCAGAUGUCAAACAUUCACACGCUGUUCAAGUUUGCCACAAAGCGCUUUAACUCAAAAUUCCAGUUGGGCGAAUUCGAGAAUUUUGUGAAGGACGCCCACUGGGACUACGACAGGCCCGUUCAGCAGAUCGUGGAGCAGAUCGAGACCAGCGUCGACUGGAUGAACAAGAACUACAAGUCAAUCGUCAAGUGGCUGCAGAACGAGGCGCGGGCGUAAGGAAAGGAUCCUGCGGCUUGGCUGGAUCAAGGCUGCAGCAGUAUUAGAUUUCGAAGCUGCAACUGCAUCGGUUGGGCCACCAAUGCAUUUAUGUUUAGUAUUUAUGUCGCGUGUUUUACCGAUUGUGUGUCGCCAAAGAGAAAUAGCCCUUGGCAGAUCGUCCAGAGCAUCAAGUUUUUCAUUACUUUUAAUGUAUGCCUUCUUUUCAUAACAAUUAUGAGAGUCUUGUAAUUUUAAUUUGUACUUAAAUGUAAAUGUAAAUGCAAUUAAAACAUUGUUCGUCACAAAAA